GCUGCUUUGAUCCCGGGGGCCCCGCUGGAUAAAAGUCCCGAGCGGCUCAGCGCCAGCGCCAGAGGGAGAACGAGCCGCUCCGGGCGCGCCAGGGGGAACGCAGCGCGGGAGACACGGAGAAGCCCGGCCGCCGGGCCGCGCGCUCGCUGGCCGCGGUGGCCGCCGGCUGGAGUGGCACAGCCAUGGGCCGAGGGAUACGCGUGCUUCUCCUGCUGGGCCUCCUGCACUGCGCCGGGGGCGGCGAGGGCAGGAAGACCUGGCGGCGCAGAGGUCAGCAACCCGCCCCGCCGCCGCCACCCCCACUGCCCCCGCAGCGGACCGAGGCCGCGCCGGGCACCGGGCAGCCAGUGGAGAGCUUCCCGUUGGACUUCACGGCCGUGGAGGGCAAUAUGGACAGCUUUAUGGCGCAGGUCAAGAGCCUAGCACAGUCCUUGUACCCCUGCUCAGCACAGCAGCUCAACGAGGACCUGCGCCUCCACCUCCUGCUCAACACGUCGGUGACCUGCAACGACGGCAGCCCGGCUGGCUACUACCUAAAGGAGUCCAAGGGUAGCCGGCGGUGGCUGCUCUUUCUGGAAGGCGGCUGGUACUGCUUCAACCGGGAGAACUGCAACUCGAGAUAUGACACCAUGCGGCGUCUCAUGAGCUCCAAAGACUGGCCCCAGACUCGAACAGGCACGGGGAUCCUGUCCUCUCAGCCAGAGGAGAACCCCUACUGGUGGAAUGCCAACAUGGUCUUCAUUCCCUAUUGCUCCAGUGACGUUUGGAGUGGGGCUUCCUCCAAGUCUGAGAAGAAUGAGUACGCAUUCAUGGGUGCCCUCAUCAUCCGAGAGGUGGUGCAGGAGCUCCUGGGCAGAGGACUGAGUGGGGCCAAGGUGCUGCUGCUGGCCGGGAGCAGCGCUGGGGGCACUGGGGUGCUGCUGAAUGUGGACCGUGUAGCUGAGCAGCUGGAGGAACUGGGCUACCCUGCCAUCCAGGUGCGGGGCCUGGCUGAUUCAGGCUGGUUCCUGGACAAUAAGCAGUACCGCCGCACAGACUGCAUUGACACUGUGACGUGUGCGCCCACAGAGGCCAUCCGCAGAGGCAUCAGGUACUGGAAUGGCAUGGUCCCAGAGCGCUGUCGGAGCCAGUUCAAGGAAGGCGAGGAGUGGAACUGUUUCUUAGGCUACAAAGUCUACCCGACUUUGCGCUGCCCCGUGUUCGUGGUGCAGUGGCUGUUUGAUGAGGCCCAGCUGACCGCGGACAACGUACAUCUCACAGGACAGCCGGUCCAGGAAGGGCAGUGGCUGUACAUCCAGAACUUGGGCCAUGAGCUGCGCAGCACCCUCAAGGAUGUGCCGGCCAGCUUUGCUCCUGCCUGCCUGUCCCACGAGAUCAUUAUCCGGAGCCACUGGACAGACAUCCAAGUGAAGGGGACCUCGCUGCCUCGAGCACUGCACUGCUGGGACAGAAGCCUCCAUGACAGCCAUAAGGCCAGCAAAACUCCCCUGAAGGGCUGCCCCAUCCACCUGGUGGACAGCUGCCCCUGGCCCCACUGUAAUCCUUCAUGCCCCACCAUUCGGGACCAGUUCACUGGGCAGGAAAUGAAUGUGGCCCAGUUCCUCAUGCACAUGGGCUUUGAUGUGCAGACAGUGGCCCAGCAGCAGGGACUGGAGCCCAGCAAGUUGCUGGGGAUGCUCAGCAGCGGGAGCUAGGGAAGAGGAGCCAGCCCUGCUGCCUUAGUGCCCGUCCUUCCCCUCCCCAGGCCCUAGCCACCCCCCCACCAGCAGCCUCCCUGUUCCUCCCUUGAGGCCUUCAGGAGACCCAGCCAGAGAGGGUACCCACCCUUAGCCCUGACUGCAACCUGGGACCUUGCCCAGAACCCCCUGCCUCACCCAUUCCUCCAGCCUGCCGUGGGAGGAGAACCAGGAGCCAAGCACUGCCUCCUGGCCCAACAGCUCAGACAGUGACUGCUGGCCCCAGCCUGCCAUGCCCUUUUGUAUUAUUUUAUAAAGUAACUUUUUUAUUACUUUAAUUUUUUUAAAAAAGGAA